AUGUCGCAGCCCCCGAACUCUCCCGGAGAACAACAGGCGAAUGCCUCAGCUUUUGCGCAGUGGCAAUCUUUGAAGGAUUCAGGGCAUUUCAAGCCGGCCACGUCUAUCAGUCUCCAUUCGCUUUCGCCUGCGUCUGUACCGCUUCUGGCACCACAGCUCGCGCCCACAUCUCAAAACAACAUACCGCAAAGCACCUACGGCCCCUUCCCCGGCGCGCAUGGCUACGCCCCGCAACCGCAAAUCCUCCUCACACCCGACAGCAUCACACGCGAUAUGCUCGCCUCCCGCGUGCAAACACUCCUUCGUCUCGCCCUCCCCGAAUUUAACAUAUCGCAAAACGUCAUGCUGUCCAUGUCACUCGUCUCGCGGAUCAUCCACCUGGGCCAAAAUGGCGCUCUCGGACCCCAUGGCAUUCAAAAGCUCGACGAGAUCUUCAUAGUGAUUGGGCACGACGGGUUGAAGAAGUAUAUGGCGCUUGCUGUUAUGGCUCCGGUAAGUCUGUGUGUUUUGCUGAAGGGCACGAGCGAGGAUUUGGAGGGGAAGGAGCCGUUGGUGGACAGGAAGAGUAUGGAAUGGUUGAGGCAGGGGUUUCAUAAUGUGGCUGUGGAUGAGUAUAAUAGAUUGCAGAGGAGUAUGCAAGUUCCGGCUAGGCGCUGA